CCACAAUUUUUUCCUCGAGAUAUCCGAAGUACGAAAUAUAUCCUUACAAAUUACAGCAAAAAAAGAAAAAGGACAGCGAAGGCAACCUGCGGCGCAGCGGGAGGAAGUGGGCAAGGUGCACGGUUGCUGUUCAGUCGUCCGCGGUCAAGUGGAUCCAGAGAUCUUGGUCAGCAAGCACUACCAUUCUCCACCGCUUCCCCUCGAAAUAAAUGUCUUCUCCAUGUUUCAAGGCAGCAUAUUAAAGUCUAUAAGACGACGUCAACCCGUUUAGCAGUCAUUUUCUACACUUUUCUAUUCACAAAAGAGAAUGGGAAAGCCCCUUCUCUAUGAAAUCUGGCAAAAACCUGCUACCAGUUGCAUUAUAGGAAUUUGUUCAGCAAUUUGGUUCUUUAUUCAGAAGAAAAACAUUGGAUAUUCUCAGGUGGGCUUGAGUUAUGAAGCUGCCAUUGAAGGGCAACACUGGAGGAUUAUUACAUCUGCAUUCUCACAUGUCAGUGUACUUCAUCUUGUUUUCAACAUGAGCGCACUCUGGAGUCUUGGAGUGGUAGAGCAGUUGGGACAUAUUGGUCUUGGCGUAGAGUUCUAUCUUCAGUAUACUUUGGUUUUAUUGAUUCUAUCUGGGAUUUUGGUUUUAGUGUUAUAUCAUGUUCUGAUUCAGAAGCUUAAGCUGGAGUAUUUCAGGAGAGUUACUGCAGUUGGUUACUCAUGUGUUGUAUUUGGGUGGAUGACCAUCCUUGCUGUGAAGCAGCCUUCAACAAAAUUGAACCUCUUUGGAGUUCUGUACUUGCCAAUAAGCUUUGCACCUUUUGAGUCGUUGAUCUUCACGUCCAUAAUUGUUCCACAGGCCAGUUUCAUUGGUCAUUUAUCUGGAAUUAUUGUUGGCUACUCUAUUGGAUGGGGCUUGAUACAGGGCAUGGAUAAUUAUUGGGCAGUUACAAUGCUCGGUUGGAUUAUUCUUGUCUUCAUAUUUAGUCUGAAGCGGUCAGGUACUUUUGAAUUGAGCUUUAUUGAGAUAGAAUCUGUUACAGAUCCCACCUUACCAACCAUAGGCUUUGUCACUUCUGGAAAUAAUAGAACCAUACAGACGGAAGAACUCUCUAAUAGAAUUGCAGAAAUCGUGUGACCGUUAAAUUUUAAAUCAGCUGGCCCAAAUUAGAGUACAUUAUUCAUAUCUAGUCCUGUUGGCAUCCACUUAGGCUUCGUUUGUGACGGAUUUCUUACUGCUUCUUAAAGUAGCUUUCUAGUACAAAAAAUUUAAUUUUUGUACUAAAAAGCUGCUUUAAGAAGCAGUAAGAAAGCCGUCCCCACACGAAGCCUUAAAAUCGCAACUAGGUAUGCGAGCCAUUCAACACACAAAUCAUUAAGAACCUGGAAAUUCUGGGUUCGUUUGUGGUGCAUUUUUAUUUGUUUCUCAGGUUGAACAAUUAUUCAGGGAAUUGCCAACAUAUUUAGUCGUAUAGAUUAUAGGUCCCUGUCAAAAUUUCCAUGCUUGUUAUAAAGGCUUGAAGAGUAGAAGAUUUGUAUUCUUUACUUACCCAAAAUGAAAAUGAAGCUUAAAUUCUUGCCUACCCUACCCAAAGCCACCACUUUUGCCUUUUAACACCAUCUUUUAGCUUUCUUUUGAAUUGUAUUUAUACAUCUCAGCUUAGCUUGAAUGCUUGAUAAAAGCAAGGCAAUUGUUGAACCAACUGCUUUGUCAUGUUCUGAACAAACCAUGUACAAAAGGAUGUAUAUGUUGAACUGAAAAAUCUCUUGAAUGCGAUGGUGUAUUCUUGCUGCAA